AUGGGCCAUUUGCCGUUGUAUCUAUCAAGGAGGCUGUUUCUAAAGACCGAUAUCACUCUCCCUUGCCUUAGUGACGAUGCUGCUAUCGUUGAAAUCAUCAGAGCCAGUUUGAGCGCCGGGGACAUCAAAGAAAGCUCUUUAUUGAACACGUCUACUGUUCACCCUGAUACGACCACAUACAUUGCGGCUAAGAUCCAAGUGUCUAGUGGCCGCUUCGUCGCUAGCCGGGUUUUCAGUGCUCCCACCAUGGCCGAAGCUGGACAGGCCAUUUGCUUCUUAGCAGGUCCCAAGAAAGCUAUAGACGAGUGA